AAUAACAAUACAAAAGAAAAAGUCAAAUCAGCUGGUUGGGAGUGUAUUGUUUACAUAUCACGUUUGGACUUGUGGGCUUAUUAUGACUCUGAGAUAUGUAUGAUGUGUAUGAUAGCUUUUGGAUAUCCGUAACGUCUUCUGAAUGAAUAUUUUACAAGAAGUGUUAUAGCACUGUGUAAUUUGGAUGCCAUAAUUUUGUCAAGUGUAAAAUAUAAGUUUUCGGAGCCCCAACAUGUCGACUUCAAAACCCCUGUCACUCUGUGAAUGGUCAUGCCAGAUAUAUGACUACCCUGCGAAUCGGCAGAAGAGACAGUUGUCGUGGGAAGAAGUGUCAGACCAUCCCCUGAAGCCUUUAGUGGUUACGGUAAUAGAGAGUCGUGUUACCAGACGGACCCUUGGAGGAAGUACUACCAGUAGUACGGGAUCCUCUACACCAACACCAACACUGGAGUCACUGGCAGCUGCUCUUGAAGGCACAGAUCCCCUAACCCAUUUUGCACGCCAGGAAAUGGACCCUCUUUCCAAGAUGGCUGCUGACAUGUGGGAGCCAGUACCAACUGACCAAAGAAAGAGCAAAGACGCUUUACUGGAUGAUGUUAUUGAGCCAUGGGCUACCAGAAAGUCUGCCAUAUUGAACAAGUUCACCACUUCAGAAAAAUUAUCAAUUGUCACAAGUUUUCUGUCAGGAGGGGAGAAAGUUGUGGUGAAAGCACAAAGCUCUGUUGUGGAUAAAGUAAAGAAUCGACUGGAACAGUUAGAUGACUUUGAAGAAGGGUCUGUCCGUCAAAUGAUGGAUCUGACUCAGCAAGAAUACAUGCAUCGCAUUGAACAGCUUAACCAGGAAUUGGUUCAAGCGUGGAAUCAUGACCAGCGAGUCAAAGCAUUGAAGAUAGCUAUUCAGUGUUCGAAACUUCUUGUAGAUACUUCUGUGAUUCAGUUCUAUCCAAGUAAAUUUGUCCUCAUCACUGAUAUCCUUGAUAUCUUUGGGAAGCUGGUUUAUGACCGCCUUCGUACAAAGGCUGAGUACUAUAUCCCAGGAAGCAAGACCCCAACAUCACUACCUGAGAGUUUCACCCCAGACAUGGUGCCUGAAUCAGCUAAAGAGACGUGCCGCAAUUGGUUCUAUAAGAUAGCAUCUAUUCGUGAACUUGUUCCACGUCUGUAUGUUGAGAUGGCCAUUCUCAAAUCUUACAGCUUUCUUACAUCCAGCGAGUUCUCUCAAGCUCUUCUGCGCUUGACACGAAUGAUACGUGGCAUUGGAGAUCCACUUGUAGCAGUUUAUGCACACUGCUAUUUGUGUCGAGUUGGUAUGGCUGUUACUACAGGGGACAGAGAAUACAUUAAAGAGAACUUCUAUGAUUUUGUGGCAUCCUAUAAUCAACUCUUUAGCCCCAGUGUUCGAGCAGAAUUAAACAGACAAAAAGUAGACCUGUCUACAUAUUUGACACUUUACACUCCUGCUCUGGACUGGAUCUUACAAGGUGUGGCAGCCAAUGCCCCUGAGAAGCUUUUAGUAGAAAUUCUAACCCGAUGCAAGGAGAAAUGCAACAAUAGUGCACUUCUGCUCAACACAAUCAUGGCUGCGUUCAAACCGUCAUAUAUUGCAGCACGUGCUCUUCAGUUCAUUGAAAUGGUGUCAGCUUGUGAUGAAGAGGGGUUUCCACAGUACUUGCUGUUUCGAACACUGGGACUGUGUUUGGCACUGGCAGACCCUCCAGCUGAACAUCGUCUUCAAAUUCUGAAUGAUGUGUGGCGUGUAGUUAGUCGCCUGACAGAUGCAGGCCAUUAUGUGAGCUGCGCUGAGGUGUGGAUACAAUUUGCUGUGAGACAUUUCUCGUCCAGAGAAGUAAACACAUUCCUUGGUGAUAUCAUCCGUCACAUGACUCCAGAAAGAGCAUAUGAACAUCACUAUCCACAACUGCAAGCUGUUGUAAACAAAGUGCUUACCCAUACAAGAGAUUUUGAAUCACUGUUUACCAUGGACAAAUUUUUACCUCUUCUAGAUCUCUUUCAAAAGGAAAGCAUAAAAGUGGAAGUAUGUAAGAGUAUCAUGGAUGCAUUCACUCACAAUAAUGUUCAACAAGAACCAACAAAUGACCCAGUUAUUAUCAAUGCUCUGAUGUUUAUCUGCAGAGUUAUGCAUGAUUCUGUCAAUGCAUUAACAGUAGAUGAUGAGAAGAGGCAGAUUGGGAAUCUUAUCUCAGGUUUUGUCAAGAAAGUGGAUUAUGGUCGAGACUUUGAACAGCAAUUGAGUUUUUAUGUGGAGGCCAGAUCGGCAUUCCCAAACUUAGAUUCUGUCCAUGCACAAUUAGUGCAGAGUGUGAACCGUUUGUCUGUGGAGACACGACGCAUUGUGAAGGGACAUCAUACUCGCAAAACAGCUGCCUUCGUACGAGCAUGUGCAGCAUACUGUUAUAUUACAAUUCCAUCCAUCACAUCUGUACAGACUCGACUAGAGCUAUAUCUGUUGUCAGGAGAAGUUGCAUUGCUCAACCAGUGCUUGGGACAAGUGGAUGCAUGUUUGAAAGCUGCAUUAAGUUUGGUACCAGGACUACCCCGGACAAUAGAAGUGGAUGGAAAGCAACGCAGUUCUGAGCCAUAUUUAAUUUCAUACCUCUGCCAUUUCCUGUCCACACUUUUGGUUGUACCGGAUUCACCUGAGCAAGGUGUCCUGUAUCUGACACGUGGGCUAUUGAAUGUUCUUCAGCAAUAUGCGUGGGAGCCAACUAGUAAUGCUCGUUGUGUGGUGUACCUGCAUGUACUCGAUAUGUUGUCCGCUGCGGCACAAGAAACAUAUCUGUAUCAUAUUGAGAAAGUGGAUUCUAAUGACAUACUCUAUGGCUCAGACCCAAAGUUCAUCUCAGAAAUCAACAAGAUGUGUUCUGUAUUACUGGAAGAAAUUCUUUCCCACCUCAAAUAUUUGAAUACAAAUGAGCAGUUCCAAAAACAGGCUUCAUUAGCCAUGGAUCUGUUCGCAAGAGUAGUUAUCCGAGGCGAUCUUAAAGAACCUUCCAUGACAACAUUAGCUAUAAAUUUGUGGAAUCUGGCCCACAGACAUGGUCAUAUAGAUCCAAAACUAUCAUGCGUGGAGAAGGCCCGAACUUUGGAAUAUCUCAAGAAGAAAAGUAUGCAGCCAGGGGGAAACCUAUAUGCAGAUUUGGUGAAGAAACUCCAUAUGCAGACUUCGUAACCAAACUCCAAUGUAAGACGGUGCACAAGAUAUUGAAAAUAUAAUAUAUAAUGCUAUUUUGUUAUUCAGUAAGGAAGAGGAACAUCACUGGAAAUUUGUGAUACUAAAAUUGCAUUUAUGCUGUUGCCAUUUACUGCAUUUGUUACAAGAAAAAUUCUCUAUGUACAUCAAUACGUGGUAUAAUCUAACAUGUAUCCAUUCUACUUGUAUAUAUAAAUUAAGAAUGUGUAUUCUUUCAUAUCACAAUUUAUAAAUGAUGGUUGGAAAGAAACAACAAAGGUUGUACAUAAUUUUUUAUUGGAAUAUAAGAGAAUUACAGCCCUGUCAAUACAGUUCUCAAACAUGCAGUUAACACUUCGCAGACCGGCGAUUUAAAUAUUUAAAUCACCCUGGGGACCGGCAUUUUUAAACCUACUACCCUAACUUGUGCACUGUUCACUUUAAAAAUUAAUAUAAUAUCUCCUAAUUAAUCACUAAAAUUUUUGCAGAACACUUACCAGUGCUCCAAGAAGUGCUUGAGAGUGUGAUAUUCUGGAUACAUUCCCCUUUGUGAAGUGGCAUUA